AUGGCCGCUAUCACUUCCAGCUCUUUCGCUUCCUCUGCCAUGAUGAACUAUGGCCGAAGUGGAUACAACAACAAGCCUGACGGCGAUGACAAGCCAAAGAACCAGGGCCGCAGUGGCUAUAACAAGGGCGACAAGGAUGAUGACGACGAGUAA